AUAGAUAAAACAGAAGAUAAAUCUUUGGAAGAACGUGGGCGAAUUCUUAUAUCCUUAAAGUACAGCUCACAAAAGUCAGGACUCCUGGUAGGAAUCAUUAGAUGCGCUCAUCUGGCAGCAAUGGAUGCAAAUGGGUACUCUGAUCCUUAUGUAAAAAC